GCUGCAGUUGCUGUGUUAGCAAGAAGAAAUUCAGCAAGUCAGAAAUUCAGCCAGAAGACAGAGCCCUUUCGCUUGCUUUUAUAAAUCAGAAUCAGCACGUGUAAAAAAAGUGCCAAAUUAUUUUCAGAAAAUGGAUGAUCGAAGUGAUGUACAUGAAGGACCCGCCGGUAUGGAACCCGAAGGUGUUAUUGAAUCAACCUGGCACGAAGUUUACGAUAACUUCGAUGACAUGAAUUUGCGCGAGGAACUUUUGCGUGGCAUUUAUGGUUAUGGUUUCGAGAAACCUUCAGCUAUCCAGCAACGCGCUAUCAUUCCUUGUGUGAGAGGCAGAGACGUCAUUGCUCAAGCUCAGUCCGGUACUGGUAAAACUGCAACCUUCUCGAUUGCCAUUCUUCAACAAAUCGAUACGUCCAUUCGUGACUGUCAAGCCUUGAUUUUGGCACCAACUCGUGAGUUGGCUACUCAAAUUCAACGUGUUGUCAUGGCACUUGGCGAGUAUAUGAAAGUUCAUUCCCACGCCUGCAUUGGCGGAACAAAUGUCCGUGAGGAUGCCCGCAACUUGGAAGCUGGUUGUCACGUCGUUGUCGGCACACCCGGUCGUGUGUUCGAUAUGAUCAACCGUAAGGUUCUUCGCACGAGUAACAUUAAAUUGUUCGUUUUGGACGAAGCCGAUGAAAUGUUGUCUCGUGGUUUCAAGGACCAGAUCCAAGAUGUUUUCAAGAUGCUUCCUACCGAUGUUCAGGUCAUUCUUCUCUCGGCCACCAUGCCACCAGAUGUAUUGGAAGUGAGUCGUUGUUUCAUGCGUGACCCCGUUAGCAUUUUAGUUAAGAAGGAAGAACUUACCUUGGAAGGUAUUAAGCAAUUCUACAUCAAUGUCAAACAAGAGAACUGGAAACUUGGUACCUUGUGUGAUUUGUAUGACACAUUAUCCAUUACUCAGUCAGUAAUCUUCUGCAACACCAGACGUAAGGUCGACCAGUUGACUGAAGAGAUGACCAACCACAACUUCACCGUUUCAGCUAUGCACGGUGAUAUGGAACAACGUGAUCGUGAAUUGAUCAUGAAACAAUUCCGUUCCGGCUCUUCUCGUGUUCUUAUUACAACCGAUUUACUGGCCCGUGGUAUUGAUGUCCAGCAAGUGUCAUUGGUUAUCAAUUAUGACUUGCCUUCAAAUAGAGAAAAUUACAUUCAUAGAAUUGGUCGUGGUGGUCGUUUCGGUCGUAAGGGUGUUGCUAUCAACUUUAUUACUGAAGAGGAUCGUAGAAUCCUUAAGGAUAUUGAACAAUUCUAUCACACUACUAUUGAGGAAAUGCCCGCUAAUAUUGCUGAUUUAAUUUAAACAUAUUUAUUUUACUUUUUUUCUUUGUUUGUCCAUUCGCACGUCAUCAGCAGAAACUGCAGCAGCAACAACAACAACCAACAGCAAAACAACAACUACUAAAUUAAUUUCAAAAUAAAAUACAUAAAAUAACAAGUAAAA